AUGUCGGAGGAGGAAGCAAUAGAGAAAUUGCGGCUGGGAGGGAGGAAAAUGAGAGAGAAUGAGGAUGGAGUCGCAGUUUGUGGCCAUCGCUGCUGCCGCGUACGUGGACGUCAUUUGCGAACUGGUGCGCUGUACGUGGACGUCGAGGACUUGAUGCUCAUGCUGCCGCCGGCGACUCCAUCAAGCAGGCUUGCGCUGCGGAUCUCGAAGGGCCAAUACAAGGGGCAUGUGAACCGGCCAACUAUCAUUUUAGAAGCUGUUGCAUCUCAUGACCUUUGGUGUUGGCAUGCAUUUUAUGGGAUGCCUGGUUCGCAUAAUGAUAUCAACGUUCUUCACCGUUCUCCAUUGUUCGACAACUUGGCGGAAGGUAGAGCUCCAGAGGUGAACUAUACCAUUAAUGGCCAUGAGUACAACAUGGGGUAUUUACUCGCUGAUGGUAUUUACCCCACAUGGGCCACUUUAGUGAAGACCAUCUCAUCUCCUAUGGGGAACAAGCAGAAAUAUUUUGCGGCAGCUCAAGAAUCAGCGAGGAAGGAUGUGGAAAGGUUUUUUGGGGUCUUUCAGUCUAGGUUUGCCAUUAUUCGACAGCCAGGUCGCAUUUGGGACAGAGAGACUCUAGCAUUGAUUGUGAGGGCUUGUGUUAUUAUGCACAAUAUGAUUGUUGAAGAUGAAAGAGUUGUCGACCCUGAUGAGCGGUUCCCGGAUGUUUGUGACAAUGUGCAACCUUCUCAUGGCACACCUCAUCGCACACUAGCUGAAUUUAUUGAAGCCCAUAAAAAAAUCAGAGACAAGCCAACACAUUGUCAAUUGAAAGAAGAUCUCAUCGAGCACCUAUGA